UCCGAACAGACCGCCACACCUGACAACGACAUUACACGAUGAAGGUCGGAAAGCCCAAAUCGAAGCGCCAACCCGUGCGGUUGCGACACAAGAUCGAAAAGCGGUCCGCCUCAAAGCAGAAGAAGGACAAAAAGCUAGCUAAGAAGAACCCAGAAUGGCGAUCGAAAUCAAAGAAGGACCCUGGCAUUCCCAACCUCUUCCCGUACAAGGACAAGAUCUUGGCUGAAGUUGAGGAGUCGCGCAGGAGAAAAGAGGAGGAGAAUGCGCGCCGCCGUGAACUAGCAAAACAACAAAGACUUGGUGUUGGACCUGCAGCAGAUGCUGUGGAGGGCGACGUCGAGUUCGAGGAGUUCGACGUCGAGGACAACGAACUGCUUGAUGGCAGCGAAGAUGAGGAUUCCAUGCAAGUGGACAAUGCAAACCCCAUGGCUGCACUCUUAGCUUCCGCGAAAGCACGCGCCGCCGCGUUUGAACAAAAGGACGAGCACGACGAAGAUGCCAUGGAGGACGAUUCAGAAGACUCAGAGUCCGACGAAGACGGCGCAGUCAAGGUUCGCAAAGACACCUCACGGAAGCAGUUCGACAAAGUGUACAAACAGGUCGUCGACUCCGCAGACGUUGUGUUAUACGUGCUUGAUGCACGAGAUCCUACAGCAACACGAUCAAAAGAGGUAGAACAACUGGUCAUGGCCGCCGACGGAGGCAGCAAGCGCUUGAUUUUUAUCCUCAACAAGAUCGAUCUUGUACCACCGCCAGCUCUUCGUGCAUGGCUGAUAUAUCUACGGCGGUCGUUCCCUACUCUUCCACUCCGUGCUGGGAAACCGGCGGGAGGCGCGAAGACCUUCGAGCACAAGGAUCUCACCAUUAAGGGAACCUCCGAGACUUUGUUCAAGGCCCUCAAAACAUUUGCCGAAUCACGGCAACUCAAGCGCUCAGUCAAGGUUGGCAUCAUCGGAUAUCCCAAUGUGGGCAAAUCCUCUGUCAUCAAUGCCUUGAGUUCGAGGAUGGGCGGCAGGCCUGCUGGCUGCCCAGUUGGUGCCGAAGCCGGCGUUACCACCAGCCUGCGAGAAGUCAAACUGGACAACAAGUUGAAGCUUCUCGAUUCGCCUGGUAUUGUGUUCCCGAACAGCUCGGAAGGAUCCAAGGAAAGCAAGGUACAACAGAAAGCACGACUCAUCCUACUGAACGCUGUUCCACCGAAAGAGAUUGAUGACCCUGUUCCGGCCGUGACUCUCCUGUUAAAGAGACUGUCUUCGUCAGAGGACCUUUUCUCUAAGCUCAUGGAAGUUUACGAUUUACCUCCUCUACAUUCUGUUGGCAACGAUAGGACUACCGAUUUCUUGGUCCAGGUUGCGAGAAAGCGAGGUCGACUGGGCAGAGGCGGCGUGCCCAACCUCCACAGCGCUGCACAGACUGUUAUCAACGACUGGAGAGACGGGCGCAUUCAAGGCUGGACAAGCCCUCCGAAGUACGACCCCGCUGCUCCCGUAACGACGAAGACAGCCCCUGCUUCCAAGUCCAAGGGCCUUGUCGGCGAUCAGAAGGAGAUUGUGAAGGAGUGGGCUGCAGAGUUCAAGUUGGAGGGUCUCUGGGGCGAUGAGUCGAAUGGCGUCGAUGCACCUGAGGCGAUGGAGAUGUAGAUAUUGCUACAUGUAGAGCAUCUUAAAAAAGGACGGCGAAUCGGCGUUUGACAACGGGCUGAAUGAUGGGCCUGUGUACUUUUUACAGACAAGUAUUCAGAUAGAUAUCACGAAGAUACCAAUGACAACUGCCUGGAUCAUGAUUAUGCGGAAUAUCAGUUCUGAGUGCCCCAUAGAUUGUUCUGCUUCGCGCACGCUACUAUGUU